UCGGUGAACUCGUAAAUCGCGGUCGAGUGGCCAAACCGGCGGACGAGCGUGAAAAUACCGAGAGAGGAGGGAAACGUAACGCGUCGAAGCCGCCGCUGUCGACCGCGAUCGAAAUUCGAAAUUCGGAUGCGCGAGACCGAGGGGGGCCGUGGUAACCGCGUUGGUGAUCGUUCACGGGUGCACCGGGUGCAGUUGCAAGCAGGAGACGUCCAGGACGAUUGAGCGACGUGGAUCUUCAGGCUCGGCGAGAGACGAACGAGUGAUCAUGAGGAGCUCGCUGGUUUUAUUGGUAUCCAUCGUAGCAUCCGCGGCGGCAGCGCCGCUCGAAGACCCCCAGAACGGUCGAUUGUUCGCCUGGAACACGUCCGAGUUCCCAGUUUCCACGGAAGCCGAGAUUGUCACCGACAAGGAGGCGGCCAGUCACUCGGCAAAAAAGCAAUCAGAAACGAGCGACGGUGGAACGACAGAUUCGUCACUGCCCUCGGUUACGACCCACGAUUACGAUCGUGCAGAAACGACCGACGACGCGCUCCAGGCGAAGAUGCAGGAAAGCAAAGCGACGAAGAAGAGUCGAAAGCACAAAGCCAUCGUCCUCGAUUACCUCUCGAAGCUACCGUUCUCGAACGUCCUGCCUUACGACGUAAACUACAACAAUUACGACACCGAAGGGAGGAAGACGUCGACCUUGCACCGACACCCGGACAGCAACAUAUUUUACGUUCGCCUGCCACCCACGCCGUACAUGUUCGUCCCGGGAUUAGGCUACAUUUCCCAGCCGCCUAAAUAUUCGACCAGCAGCCUCCGGCCUCAAUUCGGAAUAUACGCGAAGCCGAAACCGUCGGGCACCGACAAGCAAACCGUUCAAAAACCGUUCAUCAAAGUGCCGAUCGACUUCGUGUCGAACGGGAAACCGACGUCCGUCUAUCAGUGGCAGAAGAAGAAGAACAAGAAGCCGGCUGACAGCCCGAUCACGAAUCUCGACGGUCUGUCAGCGGAUUUCAACGGGAAGCCGUCGACGAUCUACCAAUGGCAGGGCGCCGUGAAGCCGGUCAAGAAGACGGACGAUUUGGUGAACAUCUUGGACAAGGGCCCGUACUAUUUCAGCGGCAAGCCCACCAGCGUUUACGUGUUGAACCCCGACGGGACCUCCAAGCUUCAUCAGCGUAUCCGGUAUCAGCGGGAUAAUUCGUACUAUUGAGAAGCGCGCGGUGAGGCUAGGCUCGUUGCUACCGAAACGAAGCUCCGGCUUCCUUGCAAUCGUCGGAAUGAUUGCGGGACGAUGAUGGAUUCGAAUCACCGGUCUGGGGAGCCCGAUGAGCAUGCACGAGAAAUGUAAACCGGGGGAGGAAGCAGACGAAGCAGGAUUCCU